AUUACGUUUUUAGGAAUAUUUAUCAGCUGAUUCAACUUAAACUGGAAAAAAAUGCUGUUAAAUUUAAUUCAAUUCUAAAAUAAAUGACCUGCCCUUAAAAACUACAUCACGUAGAAAUAUUUGUUUCAAUUUCAAACUAUUUCACCAAAAACCCAAAGUGCAUUUUUAUAAAUUGAUGAUAAAAACAUUUUUUAAUUAAUUAAAUCGAAACACAAGGAUAGGCCUGAGACAAUUUCAGUUUGUCCAGUUUUCUAUUUUUUUUUUAAUGGGAGUAUAAAAGUAAUGAAAAUGUCAGUACCAUAAAGUAGUGAUCCUUCUCGGAGCCCGAAUAUGGAGUUUUUGAGGGGCGAGUGACAGCUCUUUGUUGGUGAAUAGAAAAUCAGUGGCGAUGCUGUGAGAGAGGGAGAGAGACAGGCAAAGAGUGAGAGGAGAGAGAGUGAGAGGAACUCCUCCUACCAAAUUAUUCAGACUGGGCCGGCUCUGCUCUCUUCACAAAUAGGACACGGUUCUCAAAUCCAGGCAGUCCCAAUCUGACCUCCGAGCACCGAGGAACCCCCUGACUGGGAAACCGGGAGAGAGAAAUCAGAAAAAAAAGAAGAAGAAAAAAAUAGGGAGAAGCAGCAAAAACUUUGUGUCAUUAUUUUUGGCGUGUGUUCACACUUUUAGCUUCCCUCCCUCCUCCCUCCCCAUCACCUCCACACCGGUUUGUCGCAUCAUUUGGACUAUAUACUUUUUUUUCUUUUUCUUUUUCUUUUUCCUUUUUUUUUUUUUUUUUUUUUUUUCUUCCUGGAGGAGAGACAUUCACGGGAAGCAGGGAAAAAGCUGGUGCACCGCCACCACCCCUCCUGUCCCACCCAUGCUGUAGUUUUCUUCCUUUUUUCUUCCAGUUUUGCGCUCUAUCGAGGAGGUGGUCUGACUCUCCGGGGUUGUGUUAUUUGUUCUGUGUGCCUCUCCUAGAGACCCUCAGAGCCCACUCGGAUGCGCUGAGAGAACGGGGCGCAGCGCUGCGGCACAGUAUAUGGAAGUUGUGGGCUGCAAGACAGAGGCAGGCAGUUGCACAUUGCGUCCAGGACCGGAAGCCAUGCUUUUCCACGGGAUCUCCGGGGAUCACAUCCAAGGAAUCAUGGAGGAGAUGGAGAGGAGGUCAAAAACAGAGUCGCGCUUGGCGAAGGGCAUGCAGCUCAACGGAAGAGAUUCGACCAUGCCCUCCAUGAGCCCAGAGAAGCCUGCUCUAUGUGCCGGCUGUGGCGGCAAGAUUUCGGAUAGAUACUACCUCCUGGCCGUGGACAAGCAGUGGCACCUGCGGUGUCUGAAAUGCUGUGAAUGUAAACUAGCGCUGGAGUCGGAGCUAACGUGUUUUGCCAAGGAUGGGAGUAUCUAUUGCAAGGAGGAUUACUACAGAAGGUUCUCCGUGCAGAGGUGCGCGCGUUGCCACCUCGGGAUAUCGGCCUCAGAGAUGGUGAUGCGAGCGCGUGACUCCGUGUACCACCUGAGCUGCUUCACGUGUACCACUUGCAACAAGACCCUGACCACAGGCGACCACUUCGGCAUGAAGGACAGUCUGGUUUACUGCCGGCUUCACUUCGAGACUCUGGUGCAGGGACCGGACUACCAUCCCCAGCUAAACUUUGCCGAGCUGGCAGCCAAGGGCGGCGGCCUCACCCUGCCCUACUUCAACGGCACAGGCACGGCGCAGAAGGGAAGGCCGCGCAAGAGGAAGAGCCCGGCUAUGGGGAUAGAUAUACCCAGCUACAAUACAGGCUGCAAUGAGAACGACGGCGACCACCUGGACCGGGACCAGCAGGCCUACCCUCCGACGCAGAAGACCAAACGCAUGCGAACCUCCUUCAAGCACCAUCAGCUGCGGACAAUGAAAUCCUACUUUGCCAUCAACCACAACCCAGAUGCCAAGGACUUAAAGCAACUGGCUCAGAAAACAGGCCUCACUAAGAGAGUUUUACAGGGAGAACAAAUCUUGGGGCAUUACAGCCAUACAUCCCGACGUUUGAAAAUUCCCUAAAGUAUUAAGAGAAGGGGAAAACUUUGAUGGGAAUUCCUCACCAUUGAAGACAAAGACAAUAUUAGGAAAAGAUGAUAGAAUAUUGAGAACAAAUAAACAACCAACAUAAAACCUGUUUCAGUUACAACAGUAAAACAGACGAGUUUUUGUUGUUUUUUUUAAGCAGAAAUUUUUCCAUAUGUGUUUGAAUCCAUUAGCAGAGAAGACCUACAAUGUAUGAUAUUCAUGCUUUCAAUGUGAAAAAAAAGUAUUUCUGUAUUGGAGUAGUAAAUGGAUUAAAAAUAUAAUAAAAUAUACUGUAACAUAGCUUUAAAAACCUCACAGAAAGGCAGGAUGUGAUUGAGACAGUCAUCAGUCGGUGUGAAACCAAGAUGAUAUGGAUUUUAUUGGUAUGAACACACACACACACACACUCACACACACACAGCUAACAAACCUCCCACUGCCUUGCUCCUAUACUGUACAUCCCCACGAUACAUGUUCUCCAACACAUGUCAACAUAAAUCCACACAUACACACAUGCUGCCCCCCUCCCGCCUCUCCCAGCAUCCCAGCCAAGAAUCAGCUUGCUAAAUCGAAGUUUUCUUUUGUCACGAGUGUCAUUUCGCAAACACAUGGCCUCCUUGAAACUCGGCAGCAGGAUGCCCAUCAAAUAUGAUGAGUGUAUGAAGAGGACUGCGGAGCUGGAGCUUUGCCAUCUGGCUGUACCGAGGGAAGGAAGUGGAGAAAAAAAAAGACAAAGCAGAUAAAGAAGAGAUUCUCAUUUUGCAUGCGCCUCAUCAUCUUGUUAACAUUUUCCUUGAGAUGUAUAUUAUUUCCUUUGAUCCUCUGUAUGAUUUAUUGCCAGCUGCAAAAUAAAGCACAUGAAUUAUG